GUCGUCAGUCACGGCGUCAGUCACGCCGCAAACAACAUGGCGUCAUUACAAGAAAGUCAAAUGGCAGCAUUCGAACGCCUACUCGACCGAGUUUUUGAGCAUAAAACUCAACUCGAAUCAUCAGCAACACCGACGUCGGAGCCGACAUCGCCGCCUUCCUCGACGCCCGCUCACCAUGCUGGGAACUUCGCGUCAUGCACGGCGCGGUUCAGCGGAGCGCCCGGCGACUCACUCGACGGUUUCCUUGACGCGGUCGAAUCAUACAAAGAUUGUGCUGACGUAGGACACGCCAUCGCGUUACGAGGACUCUCGAUGUUACUAACCGGAAAUGCAGCCGUGUGGUGGCAAGGCGUUAAAGCUAGCAUCACUUCCUGGGACGACGCUUUAUCAUCGUUACGAAGCGCUUUCGGUGAUUGCAGACCGCCCCAUCGAGUCUACUUAGAGCUCUUCAAAAUGUCGCAAGGACAAAGAGAGAAGACGGAGAUCUUCGUUGCCAGAGCACGAGCCCUGCUAGCUCGACUCCCACCUGGUGACCUUAGUGAGAAAGUUCAAAUUGAUAUGCUUUACGGCCUUUACACCGUCGUGUUCGUAAAAGAUUAA